UCAAAAAAAAACAGAGAAUAAAGAAACAGGGGAAGAAGAAGAAACGGUUAUAGCUGGCAAGAUCCAUCUUCUUCCCCCACUCUGUCAACUUUGUCACUCUCCCGCUUCUCUCUCUCUCGCCUUCUUAUUCUCUUCCUCUUCUCUCGUCUCAGAUCUCAAAUCUUUAUCGAUCAUCAUGAGGGAGAUCCUUCACGUUCAAGGUGGCCAAUGCGGUAACCAAAUCGGUUCCAAAUUCUGGGAAGUAAUCUGCGACGAACAUGGUGUUGAUCCCACGGGACGUUACAACGGUGACUCCGCUGAUCUCCAGCUCGAACGUAUCAACGUUUAUUACAAUGAAGCAUCUGGUGGUAGAUAUGUUCCUCGUGCUGUUCUCAUGGAUCUUGAGCCUGGUACUAUGGAUAGUAUCAGAUCCGGCGCCUAUGGUCAGAUAUUUCGUCCUGAUAACUUCGUUUUUGGUCAGUCUGGUGCUGGUAACAACUGGGCGAAAGGUCACUAUACCGAAGGUGCUGAGCUCAUUGAUGCUGUUCUUGAUGUUGUUCGUAAGGAGGCUGAGAACUGUGAUUGCCUUCAAGGGUUUCAAGUAUGCCACUCUCUCGGAGGAGGCACAGGUUCAGGAAUGGGAACUCUGUUGAUAUCAAAGAUCCGUGAGGAGUACCCGGACAGGAUGAUGCUCACAUUCUCUGUUUUCCCAUCUCCAAAGGUCUCAGAUACAGUCGUUGAGCCUUACAAUGCUACUCUCUCAGUGCACCAGCUUGUAGAGAACGCUGAUGAAUGUAUGGUCCUCGACAACGAAGCUCUCUACGACAUCUGUUUCCGCACUCUCAAACUCAGUACUCCUAGCUUUGGAGACUUGAACCACUUGAUCUCCGCAACAAUGAGUGGAGUGACUUGCUCUCUACGGUUCCCUGGACAACUCAACUCUGACCUAAGGAAACUCGCCGUGAACCUAAUCCCAUUCCCACGUCUCCAUUUCUUCAUGGUUGGUUUCGCGCCUCUGACUUCCCGUGGCUCUCAACAGUACAUCUCUCUCACAGUCCCCGAGCUGACGCAGCAAAUGUGGGACGCCAAGAACAUGAUGUGCGCAGCUGAUCCACGCCACGGACGUUACCUCACAGCCUCGGCCAUGUUCAGAGGAAAGAUGAGCACAAAAGAAGUUGACGAACAGAUCUUGAACGUCCAGAACAAGAACUCAUCUUACUUUGUUGAAUGGAUCCCAAACAACGUAAAGUCCAGCGUCUGCGACAUCCCACCAACAGGAAUCAAAAUGGCUUCAACGUUUGUGGGAAACUCGACUUCGAUCCAGGAAAUGUUCAGGAGAGUGAGCGAGCAGUUCACAGCCAUGUUCAGGAGAAAAGCUUUCCUUCAUUGGUAUACAGGAGAAGGAAUGGACGAGAUGGAGUUCACUGAAGCUGAAAGCAACAUGAAUGAUCUCGUCGCUGAAUACCAGCAAUACCAAGAUGCUACUGCUGAUGAAGAAGGUGAGUACGAGGAUGAAGAGGAAGAAGAAGUUUACGAAUCUUGAUUUCAAAUUGAGAAAACAAACAAGCCCAAUCUUGAAAGCUCUCUUUCUCUCUAUGCCUACUACUACUACUACUACUUUGUGGUUCUCUUAUUGUAUUUGCCAUUUGCAUUGUUUGUAAUAAUAAUUUGUCAAUGUAUCUCUCUUUUAAGCUCUCAUAAAUAAAUAAAAAAGUAUUCUUAGAA